GAUGGGAUACUGGAGGAAUGUGUUGUCAACGCGCUGUGACCUGGGAUAGCGGCGGACUCGAUGGGAAGAAGUGGUUGAUGUGGAGUCGGGCGGUUCCGGGUUAAGCUGAGUGUGGAAACCUGUCAGCGAACGUGCAGGGUGGCAUGUGAAUGAACUCAUACACAAUGAUUUCUACACACACAUCUGAAAAUUCUGUCACACCCAGAGAAGUUAAACAGCGAAUAAAGAAAAAACUGGCCCAUUCCCUGAAGUGCUUACAGAAGCGGUAUGUAAAUACGGACAGUGUCGUAACCAGUGAUGAUUGCGAUGCAAAUCUGCUGUGCUGUGUCAUGGAAUCGAUAUUUGUGCAUGGAUUGAAAUCGAAGCACAUUAAAACAAAUGGAGGAAAGCAAGGGCAGAGAAGCGGUCGAGCUCCUCUUCCACAGCCUGUCUUUUGGACUCUGCUUAAAACGGUCACUCACCACGAUGUUGUGACAGAGCUGGAACAGUUGAACUUUAUUAACACUGAUGUUGGACGGUGUCGGGCAUGGGUGAGACUUGCACUUAAUGAUGGCUUGAUGGAGUGUUACUUAGUGUCCCUGCUUCGUGAGAAGGACAGCUUAAAUGACUUCUAUCAUCCUGUGGCCUUGCUUCUGGAUUCAGAAGACAGUGAAGUUCUACUGAGCUAUCUGCAAGGUCUGUCAUCUCUUUCAUUUACUUUGUCUUAUAAAUCAGCUGUGCUAAAUGAAUGGACUGCCACUCCCCUUGCAUUGGCUGGCUUAUGCUCCAGCCCAGAACUGUCAGAAGCCAUAUCGCCAAACUUUAAUGAAGGAAGAAGGAAAAGCUCUUGGGAUUCAGUGUCUCAGUCAUCUGGUUCUGAUAUAAUUGAAGUGACUCAUACCAGUUCCACAGCUAUGCACAGCAGCCACCAGCUGGGCAAACUAAAAUCUGCAUCCUCUACAUUAAGUUUGGAGACAACUGGAUCAUCCCAGCUUUCUUCCAGUCUGAGCUCUGACAGUCUCCUUCAGUCCAAUGGAAUGAAAAGUCCUGACCAAACUACUGAGGAAUUGUGGUCAUGUGAUACAGACAAAGGCAUUGCAAGUGCUGAGAGCUCCAGCAAAUCUCUGCAUGUGACACCAGAUGAACUUGGAGAGGAUCAAACUCCAGUUUCCUUGAGUUGCGAUGUCUCAAUUACUAUAUCUCAGCCUGAGUUAUCCCCAUUGCCUCCAGCACAUGAUAUUUCAUUGAAUACUCAGUCAGAUGAAUCGGUCGUUGACCAACAUGCAUGUGAUGAGAAAACAAAUAUACAGACUAUAGAAAACUAUUCACAAACUGAAUGCCCUGCCUCCACCCAUGUUUUAGCUUUGCACCAUCCCGUGACUGCUAAUGGAUCGCAGCCUGAAAAUGACACUAAAACUGUCCCUCCUUUCAGUGUUGAGUUGCUAAACCCUGCAUGUUCUGAAAAAUGGUCUGAUGUCAACUCUGAGAGAGCUUUGCAAUCCGUAGCAUGCCGGGACCGGGAAGUAAAAGCUGACCAUAUUGAUACUGAAGCUGUGGAUCAAGUUUCUGUGGUGAGAAAAGCUGCUGAUGUAACAGGCGAAGAGGAUACAUUGAAUGUUACCAAUAAUCACUUGACUGAACCAGGAGAUAAUAAUAAGCUAAGUAGCUGGAUAUCAGAUGAUGAUAUUUGCAAACCUUCUCCACACGAAGUGCUCCCACAAAGCACAGGGGAAAGUUCAGUCGAAUGUUCUGCCAACACAGCAUCAAGGAAUGAAAGCAGCACUUCAGUAAAUGAAAAUGGACGAGCAGCUUCCAAUUUCUCGCAGAAUAAAUGUGUUCAAGAGGAAACAUCCUUUAAAGUGACCCAUCGCCGAAAGACAGGUAUUUCAAACCCUUUUCGUGGACUUCUGAAGUUGGGUAAUUUAGAGAGGCGAGGUCAUGUUGGUAUUUGGAAAGAGUAUUACUGUGAGUUAUCACCUUUCGAGUUCCGUCUAUAUCAGAGUGGUGAUGACCGCAAUUGUUGUGAGAACUGCUCUUUACUAAGAUGUGAAUUAGUGGAGCAUGCCCACAGUGAUGGGAGGUUUCAUGUGGUUUUUGCUGGCAAGAAAUUAUACCUCCGUGCACCCUCUCAAGAUGAAGCAGAAGACUGGAUCGAUCGAAUUCAGGAAGCAUUAGAGCAAUGUAGACCCUUGCAAGCUCCAAAACAAAAAUCAUUGGAUGUAGAGAGCUCAACAAAUGAGAAGCCAGAUUCUGUUUCGGAGACGCCCAUCCUUUACCCUGCUGGUCACUUAAAUCACAAAGAAAAUAACCCCCAUCAAGAAUAUAAUUGGAUUUCUGAGGCUGAACCUCAAUUAGAUGCAAUUAAAGAAACUGUCCUAUACUUGUUAACAGGAAAAAGGUGGAGUCGCUACAUCUUCACUUUAACAUUGGAAGCACUGAAAUAUUUUCAGCUUCAGGAACAGCAAAAAAUACUGUGCAAAAGUUAUAAAAUUGAGACCUUUAAGGAUGUUAUACCUGAUACUGCAUUGGGUGGCCCAGCAAAUUUUAAAAUACUUACAUCUGAAGUUACACUGAGACUUCAGGCUGAAAGUGCUGCAGAGGCAAGAUCGUGGCGUGAAAUGAUUCGAGCAGUUCUGUCAUCUUACUUAGAAGCAGAAGAAGAUAACUUGGCAGAAAAUACAGCCUACGAAAAGAAUGAGAGAAGACUUGUGGAGCUGGGAUUGGGUGAACACAAGAGUCUUCUGCAAUAUUUAACUGUUGUACCUAUUGAAAAAGGGUUGGACUUGCAGAAAUUCCAAUGUGCAGCAUGCUCCCAAAAAAUAGGGUUUUCAUUUAGUAAAGCCAAGGUUUGUGCCUAUUCUGGCCUCUACUACUGUGAGAUGUGUCACCAGGAUAUAGAAACUAUUAUCCCGUCCAGAGUGAUCCAUAACUGGGACCUGACAAAACAGAAGGUUUCCAAUGUGGCAGCGAAAUUCCUGCAGCGGAUCCAAAAUGAACCCUUUAUUGAUCUUGAUGCAGUAAAUGGAAGUCUCUAUCAGUAUGUUGAACGCAUGGCUCGGACUCGUAAGAGUAGAGAUCGUUUGAAGCUAUUGGAAGACUAUCUCUUCACGUGUCGAAGUGGUGCAGUCCAGGAUCUCUAUAAGAGGUUAGAACAGAAGAAAUAUCUCUUGGAGUCAACCCAUUUGUACAGUGUCUCCGAUCUUCGGCAGAUAGCACGUGGCAUGUUUGAAGUGUUCUUACAGCAGGCCAUCCAUUAUGCCACCAAUCAUGUCUAUAUGUGUGACCUCUGCACUCAGCGUGGCUUCAUUUGCCAGAUGUGCAAUAACGAUGACAUCAUCUUCCCUUUUGAAUUUGAAUCAACUACAAGGUGCAAAAAGUGCAGGACUGUCUUCCAUAAGGCUUGCAAGGCUGCCGUCCAAUCGUGUCCACGCUGUGUGCGCAAACAGAAGUACCUGGAGUAUAAAAUGGAGCAUUAGCUGUUGGUCUGCAUCAAGCAUCAUGUGCAUGGGAGUGAGGAUGCAAGCUGCCUACCAUGUGCAGCCCUUUCCCUGAAUUCCUGCAAUUUAUGGACAAUGUAAAUUCUGGGUUGAUGUGAAAUAAUUUUAUUAUAGUUGAUUCUACAGUCGCAAACUCCUCGUUCACUUAUUUUGAGAAACAGCAAAUACAAAAUGAAUGCAACGCUUUGCCUUGAUAUAGACUGCCUGCUGCUACAUUGCAAACUCACUCACUGGCGCUGUUAAACUAGUUCAUCUUCUAGAUUUCCAGCUCUUUUUAAUAUAUAUAUAUUUAAAUCACUUUUAAAUGCAUACGCCUUUGUUCAGACAUGUAAACUACAUCAGUUUGUGGGAAUAUAAAAUGUACAUUGCAUGUAUAGUAAUGUACUGUAUUCAUCUGCAAAAUUAACUGUAAAGAUUUACUAAAAUUUGCUGUUUUAAGCUACAUUUUGCAAACUAAUCCUUGUAAAUAGACAAAAUACUUAAAAUUUCAUCCUUGCAGCAGACUGUCCAUUGCAUUUUAAUAUUCAUUCCAAAAGGGUGUAAGCACUUCCUUUCUUGUUUAAACUUGACAAGGUUUCACUUCUUUUUGCAAUUUGAUUACUGAUGAUUAGCAUAUCAUUCAGUAGCUGGAUUCUUUUUAACAUCAUCUUAUAAAACUUUCAGUUAAUACAACUUAAAUCUAUUCAUGAAAUUGCUAUUUUCCAGUCUGAAUUUAGGCCAAUUUGGAUGAGAAAUUGCUAAGUGCUAAACUGUUAAAGUAACUAGUAAAAUCAAGGACAUCCAAAAUAAAAGUUUAUAAAACCUAACACUUGUAUUUGUACAGUAUCUUGCUUUUGUUUGCAACAUAAUGCAAAUCAUUCCUUCCCAUUUACAGACAUUUCAUUGCUUAUAAAUGUAAUUAAUUACAAUAGUUAAAGUCUGAGAUAUGCGCAGGUUCACCAAAAAUAAUUCUGAAAACAAACUUUUGCAGCGCUGGAGUAUUUUAGGGCACAGAUUCAAGUGCAACAAAACUUUGAAUGCCUCAAUACUUCCCUAGGUUUAUUACAGUUCACGUUACAAAGCAGUAUAGCAUUAGUUGCUGCUUGCAGUCUUCCAACUGUAGCAGGGUUUAACAGCCAUAUAAUAACUUUUGUACAUGUUUUUGUAUAUCAGUAUUUUUUUGCAUUAUAUACCUUAUGAUUUUCAUCAGAAUCAGACAUUGACUAAAUUUACUAAACACUGGCUCAAUGGUCUUUUCUAUUUUCUUAAGAACAGAAUGUUGUCAAACUAAUAUGAUUUUUUUAAAAUGUGCCAAUAAAGUUUGAGAGCCUUAUUUAAAUUCAGAAGUGCUUGAGUGUCUGGUCAACAUAAGUGUUAUUUUUUAGUUUUUGGUAAAUAAUAUAACAUGAUCAGAUUUCUGCUAUUUGGACUGCUUUAAUCAUCUCAAAGUACUUGUGCAAAUAUGUAGUUUCAGCUCCCUUGGAUGAAAUUAAUAAAUGACAAAGGUUUGGUGGAUGGUCAGUCUUUCCUUUCUGCCUGAACCCUCUUUCUAUUUAUCGACUCUUUCGUGCUGUCUUUCUCUCAACAUCAUUCCCUCACCCCUACUUUUCUUCCUCCCUUCCUUUCUACUCUGCUCUGUCACAUUUUUCUCUUCCUCUUUUGGCUUUUGUGGCAUGUAUUUUCUGCCAGUGCUUGUUCCCUUUUUCCAUUCUGUGAAUUAAAUGGAAAGCCCUUUGCUCCUUGGUGCCCUGGCCCUCUUACUCCCUGUUGAAAUGAGCAGUUAGUCACAUUUAUUUCCAAAAUUGAAGUUAUUUAGAUUUUGUGGUUUAAUGUUAACCAUCUGAACUCCUGGUUAUGUUUAUGGGCAAGAAUAUACACAUUAUUUGGCAUAAUUCAUAAAAUUUAUUUAAAGCACGGCAUGGAAAAAUUUGAGAAUUAUAUAUUGUGCUUUGCUCCUGUAACACACAGACAGGUACAUUGGUCUUUUGUACCUGUUUGAACAAAAGAUUAAAACUACGCAGGAAAUGUCAGCUUUCAUGAUCAAUGUUAGGAUGUGCAAAGGUCAGUGUUGUCUGGGAGAGGUCUGAUGUUUCUUUGCUUAUCCUUACAGUGGAUUUUGAGGAUUUUGUGGUGAUAGCUUGGUAUUUUUUCCAGUUGCCUUGAGAUCAUCACAACAUUCAAUGUCUGCUUACACCAAGAGCUAGCUCCUCUUUCUAGCUGAUGAAGGGAAGAUCCACUCCAGUGGGAUUUGUCUCUUGACAACAUUUUUGGAGUUUGGCUUUGUCUUAACAAACACCUUGUUUCAUUGGGGGGGGGAGGUCAGGCCACAAGUCCAAGAACUGCUCACCUGUUCCGAGUGAAGAAUGACGAAGGUGUCUACCUCACCCAUGCCAAUGACUGGCACACUGAAUAGUGAAUGGACAACCUCAUGACAGUUCUGAGUUCUUGAAGAUGUAUAAAGGCAUUUAUACCAGUAUGUCGUAUUGGAUUGUUUUUUGAGAAGAGCUUAGCAUAUUUAAGACUGUUCUCUUUGGAAAAGAGGUUAAAAUUAAUCUAAUAGAAUGUGAAGGAUGGUAAUACCAAGAAUAUAGAGGAAGUCUGUUCUUUCUUGUAAGUUUAACAUUUAUCCAUAAAAUUGGAUAUAGAUAUUUGAAGAUAAGGAACCUGCAUGGCCAAACCAGGCACAAAAUGCAGGGAUGUAGAUUUUUUAACUAAAGUGACAAAGCAGUGGUAAGAAGCUGCAGUCUCUGAUUUUAUAUUACAAAAAGAUAUUUGUGGGGGGUGGAGAAAGAUCAAAAAUGAUGAAUCUAAACUGAUAGAUUAUCAGAAAACUUUAAACGAGCAGUGACCUCGUAUAAAAACAUUAAGGUUAUGAAGAUUUCUAAACUGAAUAAAUAUGGGGAAAAUGUGUUCAGAUGAGGGACUCUGAAACCUGGACCCGUAAAUACUGUAUAGUAACUAAAAACCAAUAAUGAAUUCAAGAACAAUUUCUUUAGAAAAUGGUUUGGAACGUGAAAUUUCUACCACAAGGAACAGUUGAAAGGGGCAACUCUGAAAUCUUUGUUGUUGAUGGAUGUUCACUUUCAGAGCCAAAGGGGGCUUCGUAUUUUUUUUGCCAAGAUCAACUUUCUAAACACUAGUAGUUGUGAGCAUCUCAAGAUCAACAUGUUUUUGAAUAAGUUCAACUUCCAGCCAAUAUUUCCUGUUUAGAUUUUGGUUGUAAAUGGGAGCCAGUCUUCAGCUCUUAACAUAAGCAGUAAUAAGUUUGAAGUUAAAAGCACAGCUUUGCAAACAAGCACUGUCUAUAUAGCAGACUUGCUGGCUCACAGCACCUGGGCUUAUUACUGAAGAAGUACAGUAUAAGACAAUGUUAUUUAAUUUGGCUUGCUUCAAACUAGACAACACUGGCAAAGUUGUUUAGUUCAAGGAAGCUUGCAGACUAUAGUGAUAUUAUCAUUCAGUAUUUCAAUAGCCGAUGUAUUAAUAGUUGGAAGAUUUGUGUACUCAGAGGCAUCUUUACAGCAUUAAUUGUGGGUACCUGGGAUCUCUGUCUUCAAAAGCUUUUAGACUGUGUUAAAAGGUAUCUGAAAGAAUUUCAUGUGGCAAAGAAAUAGUAUAAAUUUAGAGAGCAGUUCAGGCAUUUUAAGAGUUGUCCAGGAACAUCAAGAAGCCUGACAGAAACCCUGGGUGAACUAGGAUCCACUCCUCUGUUUUCAAUUUCUGCAACAGGUGACUGUGGCUGGUGGGUAUGUCUUUUUUAGCUUACAGAAAUUGUACCUGUGAUUUAGAAACUAUUUGACAAUUGGAAAUCUUUUGAGUUUUAAAUGUGUUUUAAGAAUUGUGUUUAGAUUUAAACGUGUAUCACUGAAAAUAUAAGAACUGUAUUUAAGCUACUUUGUUAAAUGAAAAUACCUUCUCGGUAGGGAGGAGGGACCCACUGCUUGAAUCGUAGGUAUUGACAGCUAAACUCACCAUGAAGAAUAAAUCGGGAAGUGAACAAGUCUUUGAAUAUUGGUUAGUUACAGUAUAAUUUCCCUUUAGUGAGGGUACUCAAGGCUUUUUAUAUCCAAUAGGGCUUAAAGUCUUCAUUUGAGUUUAGAACUUCAUGGUCAACAAAGCCAUUGCUAUCACAUUGUAAGAUGAGCUGGAUGAAUACAGAGGGGAAAGAUGUAUAAAUAGGAUAAGGUGAAAUUUAAUGGGGAGAGGCAUAUUUAGAGCAUAAAUACUGUGGCCAAUAUUGGACCAAAUAAUUUUAGUCUGUUAAUAUAUAUUCUUAAGAGCAAGGGCAGAGGAAGUGUUGAUAUUCUACAGAAAUCUGAGGUGCUUUUUUAUUUUUUUUUACUAUUUGACUAUCAAAUUAUUUUGCAAUCAUGCUGUUAUUUUUUAAUAAAUUAUGUGGAUGACUAAUGAGAAACAAUUCCACACGUUGCAAUGAAGCAUCACAUGAUGUUGGAUCAGAGUUUUGCCCAGUCUUAUUUUACAUCUCACUUUUUUUCCAAGAACAAGUUCUCAACAUUAAUUUUAAAUUACAUUCAGGGGAAAAAGGUGUACAAUGCUAUGCUAAAGUCUUAGGCACACAUAUAUACUGUAGCUAGGGUGCCUAAGACUUUUGCAUAGCACUGCAGUAAUUUUAUGUAUUGCACUGUACUGCUACUAAAAAAAAUCAUGAGAUGUCUGAGUGAUGAUAAAACUGAUGCUGAUAUGUGUGUCUAUUGUGGACUGAGGGGAGAAAGGGGGCAGGGAGUGCCAGAGAGACAUUUCUGUAAAGAUCAAUAAACCUAUUGUUUAGAAUCAAACAACCUUGCCUGGUGUUGAACUUGGUGUGUCUGCAUGCACACCACCAGCCUGGUCAUGACACUCCUUCUCUGCCACCUGUCCCACAUACCAUCCACGCUCCACCCUCUCCAUUCCCAACAUCCUUUGCUCCCCCAUCAGAUUUACAAACUCGUUCUCUGCUCCAUGUUGACAAAUACAGUACUGUGCAGAAGUCUUGGGCACACAAGCUAUAUAUAUGUGCCUAUGACUUUAGCACAGUACUGUAUGUACAUACAAAGUUUAACUGUUCAGUCUGCUUCAGGAUUAAUGUCUAUUUUACCAGAAAACUGUUACUACUCUAUUAACAAAAAAUGUUUGCAGAUUUGUAGAAAAAAUGUUAAUGACUAGAAUGUCACAAUAUCAUAGUUGUUCAUUUGACUAAAGCAUGUGCUUUUCUGCAGCUAUUUCUGCCCUCACUUGCAGAAGUAUGUAGGACAGUUCACUUUUUUGACAUGUAAUAAUUAAUCAUGUCCAUUAAUUUCAGCGUACACAUUCCCUGACAAUUUAAUAAAAUUAACUUGCAAGCAAUUUUUUUUUUAAAAAGUGCAAAAAAGCAUGUAGCCUGCAUCCCAGCUUUGAUUCUUCAUUACUUUCUUUGCUUUUAGAAGUGAGUUAUUCAGACACACAAGUCACCCUUCUGAUGUCAAAUUGUGCCCGAGAAAAUUGUGGCACAACAUUGCCAAAGUCAAAACCACCAUGAUUGCUUCCUGUUAGAAACAUUUUCUGACACCCCCAUCUUCUCCCUCCUGGAUAUAUUAUGCUGUUAUGUUGAACACAUUUGUAUACCUCAACCAGCAGUCU